AUAACAUGGGAGUUUCACGGGUCGGAUUACGACGAUUACGACGACCACGAGUAAAAGGAACUCUUGCGAGGUCGAAGGUUGUUGUUACUAGAUAUUACGCGUUUAGUGGAAAUGUCAGUCCGACUUAUAAAGGAAAUCGUUAAAGCUGAUGGUCGAUGGUGAACUGGUUGAAGUUGCAGAACAUUUUGUGGCGCUGCGAUGUAAAUUUCAGGAAUGGCGAGAAUUCUGCUACAGAGAGCUGAAGAAACAUUUCCUGCUGAGACAGAAAGGAUGAACUGUACAAAUUCAGAGAAGGUUUUAGUGGGUCCAUAUGGUGAGACAUAUCCAGCAAGUCAUGAUGCAAACCAGGCCAUGAAUAUAAAACCUGAGGAAGUCUCAGACUCACAAGAGGAAGCGGAUCCUCUGCAAAUAACAGUUCAGGAGGUAAAGGCUGAACGUGAGAACUGUACAAAUUCGGAGAACACUUUAGUGGGUCCAUAUGGUGAGACAUGGCCAGCACCUCAUGAUGCAAAUCAGACCAUGAAUGUAAAAGCUGAGGCAGUCUCAGAUGCAGAAGAGGAAGAGGAUCCUGUCCUAAUAACAUUUCCAGAAAUAAAGGCUGAACCUGAGGGUAAUUUGAAUGAACUUCAACCUGUACAUGGUGAGGAGCGACGAUAUUCCUGUGAUAAGUGUGGAGAUUCAUUCAGUCAAGAGCAAAUUCUGAUAGCACAUCGACGCAUUCACAGUGGGGAGCAGCCAUUUAUAUGUGACAUAUGUAAUGAGUCAUUCAGUCAUCAGAGUAGUCUGAAGACACAACAGUACAUACAUAGUGUGGAGCAACCAUUUUGCUGUGAUGUAUGUAAAAAGUCAUUCGGUCAUCAGAGGAGUCUGAAGAGACAUCAGCACAUACACACUGAGUUGAUCGUCUUGCCGCAGUGUGGCAGUUGCCGGAAGUUGCCUGGUGGCAGUGCGGCAGUUGCUUGGUUGCACAGCGUGGUUGCUGGUGGAAGUCUGCUUGUGGAGCGCGGUCCCUGGAGUGGAGAGGCUGUAGCUACGCCAGAUGCCCAGUGA